AUGGCAUCAAUGGGAUCUUUUCCUUCUGGGGUCGACACUUCCUCAUUUCUUCACGGCGCGGGUCAUCAUCACCUGCGCGUGAUUCCAUUACUUGCUUACGGGCCGAGAAAAAAGUGCGCGGAGGUUAGGGGUUUUGUUGCAGAUUGUAAUUUAGCUGGGGUUUCUAGGAAUUUGGCCGUAGAUUCUACAGUUAGGUUAUCUCGGUGCGGCCGGCGGCGGCCGCGGACGACCCACUUCGUAAAAGCCGCUGCGGAGGGCGGUGGAGGGAGCGAUGCCGAGGAGGAUGAAUCGAAGGAGGACGCUUUACAGGCCACGAUCGAGAAAAGCAAAAAGGUUCUUGCAAUACAAAAGGACCUUUUGCAACAGAUUGCUGAAAGGAAGAAACUAGUGUCGUCGAUUAAUAACACCAUAAUUGAUUCACAACAGUCGAUUAGGGAUAACACCAGUGCUGUUCCUGGCGAAGAUCCAAAAGAACUCGGAAAAGAGGUUCCUCGUGAUAUUAAGCCUAAAGAUUCUGUACAUUCUUCGAAAAUUGAUAUGCUCAAAGACUUCAAGAGAACUGCAGAAGCAUAUCCAGACAAAAAGGGGAAGGAUGCUAAUGUAAAGACAGCCACAUUACCUGAUAUACUAUUGAGCAAAAAGGACGAGGUACUUGAAGAUGUUAAGAAAUCGAGUCCAGAGGGAGUAAAUGGUAAAAUUCAACAUCCCAAAAAUGAAGAUUUAAAAGUAAAACCCCCUCCACUAGCUGGGGCCAAUGUGAUGAACGUUAUAUUGGUUGCUGCUGAGUGUGCUCCUUGGUUUAAAACGGGUGGGCUUGGUGAUGUUGCUGGGGCUUUACCUAAGGCUUUGGCUAGGCGUGGACACAGAGUCAUGGUUGUUGUACCUCGCUAUAAUAAUUGUGCUGAAGGUAAAGAUUCGGGUGUUCGGAGGAGAUAUAAAGUAGAUGGUCAGGAUAUGGAGGUUAAUUACUUCCACGCUUACAUUGAUGGUGUAGACUUUGUUUUUAUCGACAGUCCUAUUUUCAGGCACAUUGGGAAUAAUAUUUAUGGAGGAAAUCGUGUGGACAUUCUUAAGCGCAUGAUCUUGUUUUGUAAAGCUGCUGUAGAGGUGCCUUGGUAUGUUCCAUGUGGUGGAAUCUGCUAUGGAGAUGGGAAUUUAGUUUUCAUAGCUAACGAUUGGCACACCGCCUUAUUGCCUGUGUACCUCAAAGCAUAUUAUCGUGACCAUGGGUUAAUGAAAUACACAAGAUCGGUCCUCGUGAUUCACAAUGUAGCUCAUCAGGGUCGUGGGCCCAUGGACGACUUCUCGUUCGUGGACCUGCCCGAACACUACUCGGACCUCUUCCGGGUCUACGACCCGAUCGGCGGUACGCACUUCAACAUCUUCGCGGCGGGCCUCAAGUCUGCCGACCGGGCCGUGACUGUAAGCCACGGCUACGCGUGGGAACUCAAAACCCCCGAGGGCGGUUGGGGCCUUCACGGCAUCAUCAACGACAUCGACUGGAAGCUUCGAGGCAUCGUCAACGGCAUCGACACGGACGAGUGGAGCCCCGAGCUCGACUCGCACCUUGAAUCCGACAACUACACAAACUACUCCCUCGAAACCCUCAAAACGGGCAAGUCCCGUUGUAAGCGGGCCCUACAAGCCGAGUUGGGCCUCCCGGCCCGCGAAGACGCCCCGCUCAUCGGUUUCAUCGGGAGGCUCGACCCGCAGAAGGGAGUUGAUUUGAUAGCCGAGGCCGUGCCGUGGAUCGUGGGCCAGGACGCGCAGCUCGUGAUGCUCGGAACGGGCCGGGCUGAAUUGGAAAAUAUGUUGAGGGAGUUCGAGGCCCGGUACAAGGAUAAAGUGAGGGGGUGGGUGGGAUUCUCCGUGAGGAUGGCGCACCGGAUUACGGCGGGGGCCGACGUUUUGCUGAUGCCGUCAAGGUUCGAGCCGUGCGGGCUGAACCAGAUGUAUGCUAUGAGGUACGGGACGGUGCCGGUUGUGCAUGCGGUGGGUGGGCUGAGGGAUACGGUUAAAAGUUUCGACCCGUAUGGGGAAACAGGCCUCGGGUGGACUUUUUCGCGGGCCGAGGCCGGGGAGAUGAUACACGCGCUCGGUAAUUGCUUGCUGACUUAUAGGGAGUAUAAGGAGAGUUGGGAAGGGCUGCAGAGGAGGGGAAUGGCGCAGAAUUUGAGUUGGGAUAAUGCGGCUCAGAGUUACGAGGAGGUUCUUGUGGCUGCUAAGUAUCAGUGGUGA